AUGGCUGAAAUUGAUGGAAACCCUUUGAAGAUUGUAGAUAUCACCUCAGUUGAUAAAUCAACUGCUGAAGAAUUGUAUGACGCCGCUACGUCCCAGGGGUUCUUAUUUGUUGAAGGUCACGAGUUCAGCCAGGAAGAAAUAGAUACUGUAUUCCAACUUUCUAAGGAAUUCUUUGAGUUACCCCAUAGUUAUAAGUCAAAGUAUCCAAUAGGCUCUAUGAAUCAUGGAUACGCAGACUUUGGAGGCGAGAACUUGGAUCCUAAGGGCCAGAAGAAGGGAGAUCCCAAGGAAGCUCUCAAUAUCUGUUUGUUAAACUUCUUGACAGGUUUAUCAUCCCAAGAGAUUCCGGACUGGUUUACGGAGGAUCCCAAGAGGUUGGCGAUUAUCACCACAACUGUAAAGAAGUUCUAUGCCUUGUCGAUGAAGAUCUUGAAGUUGUUGGCUAUUGGAUUGAAAAUAGAGGAUUCCAACGAAAUCAAAGGUGAAGACUGGUUUUCUUCAAGAUAUGAAGCCACUAAAGUCUCAGGUUCUACUUUCAGGUUUUUGCAUUACCCAGGCCAAAAGAGUUUGAACCCAGAAGCUGUGAUCAGAGCUGGUGCCCAUACCGAUUAUGGAUCUGUGACAUUAUUAUUCCAGCAGGAGAAUCAGGAAGGACUAGAGAUCUACUCACCGGUAUCAAAGCAAUGGGUUGCGGUUCCUUUUGUAGCUGCUAAUACAGAAAAGUUUCCAGGAAUGGGCCCUCCUAUUGUAGUUAAUAUUGGAGAUUUAUUAAGUUACUGGACAGCUGGUUUGUUGAAGUCAACUAUUCACAGAGUCAAGUUUCCGGCCAAAGUUCAAGCCACCGGCCAGGAUAGAUACUCGAUUGUAUUCUUUAGUCAUCCUAACGAUGAGGCGUUGUUAGAGGCUGUACCUAGUGAGGUGGUGAGAAGUAUCAAGGGAAGAGGAGCCAAUAAGGAUACUGUUGCCAUCACAGCUAAAGAGCAUUUGGACAGUAGGCUUGCAGCAACAUACGGCUGGAAGAAGUAG